ACUGCUCUCGUUGCGCUGCGCCGACCGUCGGAAAGCAGCAGCCCAGCAGCUGCCUCCUGGAGGCGCGCUCGCACGCUGUUUUUACCGCUGAUGUUCCUCGAGGCUAGAUCGGGAAUCUAGUCGGGACGGGUUUCGUGCGCGUGAGGUGUGACACAGUUGCCGGAGCCGGAGGAGGAGGAGGAAGAGGAGGAGAGGACACGUAAUGGCGGAUGAGGAGCCGACCGUCGGCUGCACGAGGACGUCUUCUCCGAAGCUCAUGCUGCUCCAGGACUCGCCGGAAGAGCUCAAGGUCGGCGAGAGGAUCGUCGUGACGGUCGAGAGUGCGCUGCCGGAUAUACUCGUCGUCAGCUAUCAGCACGGACGGAAGAACUUCCAGGGAGCACUGCUCGAUGCCACCAAGAGAGGUCUUCCAUGCGGGAUUCAACCGCCAGAGCCGGUAAAGGAUCCGGACGGCGAUAAACUCGCGACGAUAGCUGCGCGCUUCAGCUACUUCCAAGAGAAGAGGCACACGGCCCUGACCAAGACAGACCUGAGACGCAGCUCUAACCAACCGGCCAGGAGUAAAAAUUCCAGACCCACAGUCAGACUGAGACCUCGACAGGUCCUAUGCAGCAAGUGCCGUUCGAUCUGCAACGAAAACAACGAGAAUGUUGGCCGCAAACGCAAGUUGGAGGAGCCGAGUCACUCGGACCAACCGACGAGACGCAGUGACAGGCGCUGCAGUUCCACGCAACAACAGCAAGCCAAACCCAGUACGCAUCUCAACACGAGGAGUCACAGGCUGCCCCAGAUCGGCGACCACUCGGACGAGAGUUCCUCCUCGAAGACGACGUCCUCGAGCCAGUCCGAGCAGUCGCACAAGUUCAGUCCCACCCUCAUACCCAAGAUCUCGAGGCUGAGGCCCGCCGAGAUCGGCAGUGCCAUUCAGAGCAAAGGUUCGGUCAAGUCGUGCAUCCAGAUGGCGGAGCAGGUGCGCAGUGCCUACUGGAACGGCCGCGACGAGGAGAACCUGGCGGAGGCGGAGGCGGAGGUCGAGAAUCGCCCGAUGAACACGCUGUCGCGACCCGAGCCGAUGGAGCUCGACAGCAACCCGACUCAGGCCUACUGCGCCACGCCCCGACGAUUAAGCAGCUCGUCCGUGGAGAGCGCCAAGAUACCGCCGGAUGAGGAGGACAAGAAGACCCUCGCCGCCGCCGAUUCGACGGUUAAGGGUGGCGGCAGAGCGGUUCGGGUGACACGGAAAAAACGCUCGAUAGGACUGAUGGAGGAUCUGUGGGACGAGUCCGUGUUCGAAGACCCCGCGAGAACAACGGUGACGGCUACGCGAGCGACGCCUGUCAUCAAAAUAUCGUUUGGCGCUCAGGGCGAGGGGACCGUGCUCAAAAUACCUUCGAAGAUACAGCAUCCGUAUGACGGUCGGGACGUGGACACCGACACGGAAGAGGCACAGACGGAGCCAGAACGAGAUCCGCUGGAGCUGCCGAAGAGUUACGAAGCCGAUGCGUACGGCGGCUAUCAUCACUGCGGCAACGGAGAAGACGGCCAGGAGCAGGUGGACCCACAGAGGCAGGCCCUGCUGGGAAAAGACUGCGAGACGGCCAGCGCCAAGGCCGCGAAAAAGGCACUGAAAAAGGCCAAGAAAAAGGCACUGAGGAAGAUGUACGGGGCGACGUCGCCGGCGAGGUCGCCCUGUAAUGGUUCGCCAAGGUACAAUUCGAACUUUGACAAGAUGAUGUACCAUCGUCGCAAGCACAAAGUGAAGCACAAGAAGAAGCACAAGGAGGAGCGCAAGCACAAGAGCCAGCAGUCCUACGAGUCGUCGAACGGCUUGGAUCAUCCUAAUCAUCUUCCAGUCUACCAACCCAUCAUAGCGGACAACUCGGAGUCCAGCCAACACGACGCCCACCAGCAGCAGGACAGCUCGGCGUACACGGCCAUAAAGGAGCAGUGUCUCAAGCAGAAGCUCUCCAUAUCCCUCAAGAGACUGAACACUAACGCUUACGCGGCGCGAUGCGAACCGUCGAUCGGUUACCCUGUGAGCAACGCGUCCUCCGGAUGCAAGAGUCCUGGUGCCACGAGCGACGAGGAAGAGGACGAGGAAGAGGAGGAUACGGGGUGUAACGUGGGAGACAGCGGCACCGAAGUCGCGGGAGAAACGGCACCGGACUUCCCACCGCCGCAGCAUCCGCUGGUAAUGAGACUCUCUGCCGCUGCUACUCCCGUGGAACACUGCUUGACGGCUAGCGGUAAGAGGAUGGAUGUGGGCGACGUCGUGUGGGGGAAGGUUCACGGCUUUCCCUGGUGGCCUGGCAAGGUAUUAAGCAUAACAGAUGCCGGUAAAGAAGACGGAACGGCGUCAGGGCCGCAAGCACACGUCGCCUGGUACGGUUCAUCGACGAGUUCACUGAUGUCCUGCGAUCAACUCAGUCCAUUCCUCGAAACAUUCAAGACGCGUUACAACAAAAAGAAAAAAGGCCCGUAUAAAGAAGCCAUCCGCCAGGCGCAAAGCGAAGCUCGAAGCCAGCUGAUCGCGCCGACAAGUUCCGCGGGCAGCGUCCUCAACGUCUGCGGUUCUCCUCGCGAAGUCAACGUUCUCUCCUAAGGAUAUUAUACAUAUAUACUAAACGUAUGAAGAGAAGGUGAAAAUUCUCUCGCCAACCACUGUUCGGAAUUAUCGCGGUGUAAUUGUAAGAUAUAAGCUACGUUCGAGCGAGUCGUUGUACAUACAUAGAGCCACGUUUCGUUGCUUCCGGGAUCUCUACGCAUUUCGUUCGUUGCUUUUGUUAUAUUCUUACUUAAAUACACGACGCUGCAUACAUAUAUCCUAUAAGUUCACCGUAACACAGUUCGAAGCAACGAAACGUGGCUACGCAAACUUCAGCGCCGGUUCUUUUGUUAUUUUUACGAAAUAGAACGAAAAACUAUGAGAGGCGACGAAGGAGGAAGCAGGUCGACGUAUCGAGACGCGAGAAGUCGGCUCGCACACACUAUACUGUGAUAUAUAACCCUAUAUGUGAAUGAUAAGAGAGAGGCGAGCAUCCUGUCGUUGAUUUUCUUUUCUCCGCUCUGUUUAUAAAACGUUAUUUUUUUUCGUUUAACCGGAAACGUCUGCCACGUGUGAAUACUUCUGCUAUUCAAUCAUUCUGGGGAAUACUGGUUUUUCGGGAACGGAAACGUUAUCUCGAUCAGUGCGCGCGGGUCUAUAUAGACACGAUUGAAAAUAUACGAGCAUCAUAAAAUUGACAAAUCAGAUCGACGACGAUAAUAACAAUAUGUAACGUCCAUCCCCACGUAGAUACUAUAUACAUCGUCGGCUUUAUCGGACAUCUUCUAAUCGCGGCUUUUAUCGCCUCUAACACAACACGCGCUCUCCUCGUCAUCAGUGCGAUUCAGGUGGUCGCGUACGUGAUUUCGCGAGUAUUUGUAUAUUCCAGCCCUCAAUCCCGAGUGUGUAAAGUGUGCAGCUGCUUUUAGCAAAAAAUCCGCGAACGACACUGCCUGCCGUGAUAUUUUUUACGCACCUUUUAAGCAUAAUAAUACCUUCGCCGGAGAACGGACUGGAUUAUUCUGGAAUAUGUGAGUUACGAAUCGGAACUUAUUCUCUCCCUCUCCGAACUGUUUCCUCCACCGUCGGCCUCUCUCUCGACCUUAUUUCCUACAGAAUAUACGCUAUAUAUAGUUUGCAGUCACGAAAGAGAGAGAGAGAGAGAGAGAGAAAGAGAAAAGCGUUUCUGCCGUGUAAGUCUUUUGCAUAUAUUUUUCCCACCACGAGUGCGAGCGAGAAGAAGAGAAGAAAAAAAAGUAUAAGGUGCAUAUAUAAUAAUCUGCGUGCGCGAGUGAGCUGAGAAAAUGCUUAGUAAAAAAAGUCAAUAUAAUCGUCGACACGAAAAAUAAAAUUAAUGAUGUAUAACGAGGAAGAAAAGAAUCGAGAAAACAGUCCGUCGAAUGCUGUUGGGUGAGCCGAUUCGCUCGCUGAUCCUUUAUUUAUUUAUAACAAUAAUAACAUUAACGCCGGGCGAGAUUCACCGAACAGCAUAUCGAGAGGUGACGAUGAUAAAAAUACAUGUCUUAUAUACUUCUUUCCGUUUCUCGAGUGAGUUGCCUCGGAAAUAUAUAUACUAAGACACUGCCACUUUGCAAUUUACGGUUUCGCCCGAGGACUCUAACACAUUUGUCUUUCUAAUCUCGUAGGAGAUUCCGUUGUCGGUUCGAAGGGAAAAAUUGUCUCUCCGAUAGUGCGUCACUCGGUUUGUAUAGGUAUAGACGACCUGUGCACUGAAAAAAGAAACUGUCUUCGUAUAUUUGAAACAUGUGUCUGACUAAGAUUACUUAUCGCUUCGAGAGGAAAGUCUUUGCUGUAUACGCUUUCUCUCAGUUUUUCAUUUCUCUCCCCUUUUUUACGAAAGAUUAUAAGUAUUUUCCUACGGAAUCGAGGAGGCGGUGUAUUAAGGGUAGACUAUUUGCUCGCUGAUAGACAGCUGUUUUAGUUUAGUUUUACUCUUCGAUAUUUAGGCGCAUUUUAGAUCUUAAAUCGUGUGAGAGGAUAAAGAAAGCCGAGACUUUCUUCCAUUUGAAAAUUUGUAAUUUAAGGAUCGUAGACCCUUUUCUAUUAAGUUUUAUUUUUUUAUAUUACUAUUAUCAUACGAAGUGUCGUCUAUGAAAUACGAGCACUUCGUUUCCAACAUACCUUGCAAAGUGAUUGUUUAAGUUUCGAUCUAAAUAUGUAAGUUACUCACAAUAACAAAUUAUCGACAUGAGAAACAAAAACGUAAUACGCUUGAUACGAUUGAACAAAGUAUGAUAUUUCAACGACUAUAUAGCGGGAGCCAGUGUUUCUCCAAGAGAGACCAAACUACAAGUAUAUAGAAGAAAAAUGAAACUCCAAGAGACAGAUAUAAUACAGAAACGAAAAGCACACGCGAAAAAAGAAAUAAACCACAAAGGAGAGUGAGUGAGUGUGCGUCGCGAGCGCGUCGACGAUGGAAAAGUGUUUUUAAGUAACUGUGAUUUUUCAAAUGUUUUAUAUUGAAUAUAAAAGAUAUAUUAUAUGUAUAUUAAUUAUGACUUUGUAUGGAUAUAAUUAGCGGAGGAUGUUUCGGUGUUCGCGCUUUGUUUACGACUACGAGAAGGACGAUAUCGAGAAACGAGUAUAGCUUUUCUAGACUAACCAUAUCGAUAGCCGUGUAGCUGUGUGUACUUCGUUUUUGUCUUCUUGUACAAGAGACAAUUAAAAACGAAAAUGAUAGAGUUAGAACGGAAAAGUGCGAGCGAAUGUCAGAGGCGUUUCUCGUUGUUCAAUCUUGUGCGGAAGCGAGUUAUGGGAUUUUUAUUCCUUAGUUCUCUUUUUUUUUUUAAUGCAAAUGCUGCGAUGGAAGUGUUCAUCGCAUGUUUCGUUUUUUUUUUUUUUUUUUUUUUUUGAAUGGGUUGACUGUACACUGCGACCAAUCGAGAUAUGCAGUUUCGAGAAAUGUACGAAAUGAGAUGAAUUGCAUAUAUAUAUUAUAAAUCUUUCUAAAAACAAAUAUCUGAGUUUUCUUUUCUUGAAAAUAUACACGUAGAGAAAACCUCCGGCCACCUUGACGCUGCUCGCUUUUAUUUUCAUUCUCGUCAAAAUUGUUUACUCUUGGAAGCUCAUCUUGUUAAGAUUUCUUUAAUUAGGUUCCUACUGCGCUUUAAUUAGUUACAAAGUUUGAUGUGGCGUUUAUUUGCUUACGAAAUUGCAGCGUUACAUAUCCUCGUUAAAAUGUGUGCACUUUGAGAAUAAAAACUGGGUCAAGGUCGAGAGAAAUGUCAAAAUUGCUGAAGUACCGAAAUGCAAACCAAGCCGUGAAAGCGAAAAUAACACGUUUCUAGCAACUCGAUAUAGAUAAUAAACUCUUUCUUAAAAACUA